AUGUCAAAUAGCGGACGCGGUCGAGGUGGAUUGUUCCAACGCGGUGGUCGGGGCGGCGGUCGAGGUGGGGGCUUGAUAGGGUCUGCUGUCCGUGGCGUAGCAGGCGGUAUAGGGCUCGUGUCGGAGAGUGUCAGCUCUUACAAAGAGAAGAGAACCGCUGAGAAAAACGCGGCAUCGUCAGAGCCAAGCCAGCAGCCUCAACCAGGCGGCAUUGCGGCUAGCAACGAGCUGCCACCGAACUAUGAGCCUCAGCCAAGCCAGAAUGAGGACGCAACUGAAAGACAAUGGCAGCUCGACGAAACACAAUCCGAGCUACUCGCGAGUCCCCAAGGCGGUUCCGACUCCGGUCAACAGACUCAUGACGAUAAAGAUCUUUUGGAGCUACCUAUCAUUCUUGCACAGCGGAGGCCAAAAGAUCGAACCCGCGGAUUUGUUCGCGGAUAUGCUCCGAUGCUUGAGACUGUCGGCAUUGACCAGGCGGCUUGGCUGGACUUUCUAGAUAAGUUUGAUCAGUCUACUCGAGCGUCGCCGUGGAUCGAGGUCAUCAACUUUGCAGAGUUGGGUGGUUUCUUCGUACCAAUUGCACCAAGCAUCGCCAUCAGUGCAGCCGUGUACAAGACAAUUGAGGUUGCGAAGGAUGUCCAAGGCAGGCAAAGGUCGAACAAGUUCAUUUCGCAAAUGAAUGAGCAAUACUUCUAUCCAAAAGGCUUAUGCUGUCUCAUCAUGACCUGGCGACCUGACUCUGGAAGGUCUCACGAAGUUGUUGACCUGACAUCAACAGUCGCUUCUUCGAUUGGAUCGUAUGACUCUGGAUUUACCAACAAGUUUAAAACUUCCAGCGGAAAAACAUACGGUGACUUUGCUCUCCCCGAGGCUGCCCCUCUCAUCUUUCCGACCCUCGAUGUCCUUGCCGAGGCUGAUAGCGAGGAAUCGAAAGGUUUGAAGCAAACCCUUGGUGAGAAGAGAACAUACAUUCAGGAGUAUUAUGAUAAGAGGGCCCAAGCUCAGUUUGCGCUCAACAGACCGGACAACCUCUUGGCCAACCAGCAAGAAGCGCCAAAGUUCACUUCACGAUAUGCUGAUCCGAGCCAUCCUUCCAAUAAUGGCUCCCUGAUCUCUCUACUCACUGGAGGAUAUGUCGACCCAACGAAGCUUCGCCAUGGCUUUAGGGGUCAAGCAUCUGAAGGCCAGAACCAAGGACAGCCCACUGGAGAUGUUUUGUAUCUAAUGGUCGUCAACAUGCCUACCGAAGAUGAGCUCCGGGAGGCUAAAGCUGUAUUGGACCGUAACUAG